UUACAGUAUAUUUUAAGCAUGCUAAAACUUGAGACAACUCUUUCCAGCGAUUAUUAAAAGUUUUAAACUCAUUCUUGCUAAGUUGCAAAUAAGGGAAGAACCGUAAAUACAUCGCCUUUCUAAAAACAUUUUUGAUAAUUUACCAAUUUAUUUUAUUGUUCAAAAGUGCAUUUUCACAAUUUGUCAACUUUCAUAACAAUUUAGACCCUAUAAUAAAAUUUCAAACGUUCAAUGAAAUCGAUAUUCGCCAUAAUAUGUUUUUAUUUGUCUUACGACCUCAUCCAAAUUUAAAAAUUAAGUCACAAAAAUUCGCACACUCUUUAGAAUUUAUAAAAGAGCAUUUUCGUGGAAGGCAAGAAAAUCAUUUACACAAACGAAGUUCGAUUGUAAUUAGGCCUAUUCUCCACCAAUUCAAAUAGAAAACGCAGCACGGACAUAGGUAUGUUGUCUUUACUUACGGAAAGACAUGACAUCGGAACAAGAAUAAUAUGAGAGUUAAAGAAAAAUACAUUUUGCUAAGAAAAUUCACUAACUGUAUGCAAAUAUUAUCUAACGACGUGCGGGAAGGACGCAUUAUUUAAUUUGAUAGUAUAUAUAUCAUUCGGUUUUAUCACAUGAUACUGUAGAGGGAUCGAUCUCGAUUCCCUAUAACAUGACUAAAGACGCGCAUUUUUAACCCUUAGCCUGCUGCAGGCGAAUUUAACAGCCUUUGCAAACAGCUUGGAACCAGAUCAGACGCCGAUUAAAUCGGCGUCUGAUCAGGUUCCAAGCUGUUUGCUACUCUGACAAUAUUUCUUCCAAUUUUGGAGCAAAUUGAAUGAACUUUACAAUUUUAGCAGACGACAUUUCCAGCAGACAACAAUUUAUCUAGCAUGCUAAAGGUUAAGAAGUUACUGUGCAGAUGCAUGCACGCACGCACGCACGAACAUACGCACGUACACACGCUAGUUUGCACGCAUCACUAAUAAACAACAACGCAUAAUUAUUUUUUACAGCUAUAUACCUCAGGUUAUGGUUGAGAAAAAUGGCGGAAACUGCGGUCUAUUUGUUGGCUGAAAACUUACUACCUGCACCUGAGGCAUAUAUUUUACUAAGAUCUGUAAAUUACAAAUAGUUUAUACAUUAAUUAAGUUUAAUUUUAUAAUACUUAUAUAUAAUGAAAUACCUGCAUAAUUGUUGUGUUUUAGCAUGGAUAAUAUAUUUGUUAGGGCAGUUUAUUGCAGCAGAAAUAUAUUCCUCUACGUCACAGAUAAAGGACGAGUUGGGAAGGCUACGGCAGGACAAUACCGUGUCAUUGCUUAGGCAAUUACUAGACAGUCAAGAACGAAGACUGGCUAGUAUGAAAAGAUUCGUACAGUCACUUGAUCAGCUGGAAGGUGAUAUGAAAGACCCAGAAUUCAAUGUUCACCAUCCGUUGGACGCUUACAGAUUCAUCAAAAACCAUUCCGUCGUGUACAAUGAUAGUGUAACAAACCUUUUAAAUGAACUGAAGACGCACGAAGAAGAACAAGAUGAAAUAACCAAAUUAGCAAGAAAACUAACAGCAUUUCAUAAAGACGAUUUGCUAGGAGCCAUUCAAGGAUUAAUACGUAUACAGGAUGUUUAUGGUUUAGAAACACAAGAUCUGGCUGACGGAAAUGUCCGCGGACUACAUCGGCGUAAAAUGACAGCGCUGGAAUGUCAGGACAUGAUGAUUGUAGCCUUCCACUCAGAUUUAGUAGACUUGGCGCUAGAAUGGCUCGAGGUUGCGUUGCAACGUAUAGAAGCUGGGGACGAUACGAUUACAUACACCAAAAUUCUCUGCAAAGCGGCAGCUGUGGCUUUUAAUGUAAAAUAUGAACUGACAGCUGCCAUGCUUUAUGAAUACGUACUUGAACGUAACCCACGGAGCAGAUAUCAUAGGCAAAAGAUGAAAUAUUACCAAGGAUACAAUACGCAGGAUGUUGUCAGAUACCCACUGCCUCAUGAGGGCUUUCAUAAGGCAUGCCAAAUGACUAUCGAAAACAAGAAUCAUAUACGAAGGGAACACGUUUGCAUGUUACUGGACAACGGACAUCCUCUACUUAGAUACCAACCAGCUAAAGUCGAAGUUCUGUCACAAGAUCCUUAUAUCUCCGUUUAUCAUGAUUGUUUCAACUUAGAAUUUCUCACAAAAUUGAUCGAAUUAGCAAAACCGCAGAUUGACAGAUCAAAGGUUGGGGGAAAAGGAAAUGAAUAUACAGCACAUUUUCGCACAAGCAAGGGGCUAUUUCUAGAAUUCACUAACCCUUUGCUGAAAUUUUACAAAUAUGUGGGAGCCUUGACAAUGCUACGACACGAAUCUUUUGAACAGUUUCAGGUAGCUAACUAUGGUAUUGGAGGACACUAUGAAAUGCAUGGAGAUUUUCUCGAUUCUAAUGAGAAGGAUCACAAGAUCAACAAUCGAAUAGCAACUUUUAUGAUAUACCUGACUGACGUUGAAGAAGGCGGAGCAACUGCGUUCUCCAAAUUAGAUGUAUCUAUUGCACCAGAGGCGGGUAAAGCAGUGUUUUGGUAUAACCUGCAUCCAGAUGGCGAAAGAAAUUAUUUGACUGCACACGGAGCGUGCCCAGUUAUUUCCGGUGACAAAUGGGUGGGAAAUAUUUGGAUAAAAGAGCAAGGACAAGAAUUUACUAGACCUUGCAAACUUGACAAGAACGAUUUAAAAUGGACAUAGCAAAACUAGCAUAUUACAAUUAUUGGAAUCCAUUACUUUCAACCAGAGUAACAGUGUGCGCCAUUCAAGACAGUUAAUUUUGAUAAUGGCUUGCGAAAGAAAAGAUGGAUCAAUAUUUUUACGGAGAUUGGACAAAAUACUGGUGCUUGACGUUAUUCAACAAAUUCAGGCACUUAUUCAUAAUUACUAGAUACACCUACAUUUUACAUCCUGCGUUUACGUUUUAUGCUUUACCUGUUAUCAAUAUCUGCGUAUAUCAGACUUAAAAUAAUUUGUGUUGGUUUCAAAACACCUGACAUUUUGUUAUUUAUAGCAAAGUCUGUUAGAAACAGAUACAUUGUGUAUGUAAAUGAAAUAAUCACUGAUAGGCUUUAUUUA